ACCUUCGGUUUCAUCUCCAGUCUCCUAAUGAGGCAUCUGAUGUACCUUUGCAAAUUCCUUGGCUUUGUUCCUCGAGUCAUUUGGAGACAUUGUUCCCAGAAGUAGUCAAAGAGUAUCCUUGCUGUCUUUUGCGCUCUCUUCCUCUCAGCUUAUCUUGACUGCCAACUGUUAAUCGGAGCACACAGCCCUGGGGGAGGAGAGAUUUCUCAUUAUCGCCCCCCUCUUUUUUCUUUUUGGAGGCAGCUGGGCAGCCUGUACAUGAAUAGAUUAGUUUCAAGAUUUGAGAUUGUUAACAGCCGGAAUAGAAUCCUUGUUGGAUUUUGUUUGGUGUAGUUGCCAUACGCAUCAGUGAGGAAACAAUCACAACUUUUAUUUGGCCUAAGGAGCUGCUCUUUCUUCAAGAGAGGCCUCUCUCCUUCCUUCUUUGACCAAAAGAUCGGCAGAGACCAGGCUCCAUGGAUGAGUGGGAUGCCCCCCAGUGGAAAAAGGAAAUUGAAAGCCUUAAGUAUCAGUUGGCUUACAAGCGGGAGGUGUCAUCAAAAACAAUUCCUGAAUUCCUUAAAUGGAUCGAGGAGGGGAUUCCAGAAGAUCCAUUCUUGAACCCAGAACGAAUGAAAAACAACCCUUGGGUGGAAAGAGGAAAAUGCACAAUGCUCUAAUCCAUGUUCUUAGCCCAGCACUGUCCCUGAUUGACAAAUGCUUUCCUUUGGGCAUGCUCCCAAAUUGCAUUAAACAGAAGGCUCCAAAAUUAUUCGCUUGCCGCUCUGGCUAAAUCCUCAUUCAUAGUCCUUUGUUAGUGCUGAGGCCUUAAGCAAGGACUAUGCUAAAGGCUUCCCAAACAUUUGGUCUCCUAGGCACUAUUGGGGUGGGUGUGGCUUAAGUAGAGAUCCAGCUUCAUGCACAAGGAGCACUGGAGGUGGGCCUUACCUCAGUGGCUCUCUCUAAAAUUCUGACAGCACUGAAUUUACAAUGUCUCCCAGCUCCUGGCUGUGCGUUUGCUUCCAAAGGGUUGUCCUACAGAAAGCCGGAUUAUCCUUACCAGGGAUAGAGGCCUGGCCAUCUGUUGUGUGGUGGGAGAGAACCAGAAUGAACGUGGGCUAUUCUUCACUGGCACAGAAUGACGGGAGCCUCUAGUGCCACAUUGUAGUAUGUUAGGACCUGCUUAUUUUAAACCUGUUGGUUCAUGAUUUGGGAACCAUUGGGAGGGAUAAAUUUGUAUGGAGGAGACUUCCUAUUUUGAAUCACUGCAACUAAAAGAAUGGAAAUUAAUUGUAACCAGAAAGAGUGAAGCAGAAUCAAAGUCCUUCUUAGGAACCCCACCAGUUGCUCUUUCUUGUAAAUCUAAUUUUGUUUGCUGUUUUCUUUCUUUCUUUAGAUAUAAACAUACAUUUUGUAAGCAUUUUCAUUUUUUUCUAUUUUAGGAAAUUCAGUUUUGCAGUAGAAAACUGCAUGAGUGUAAUAAGUUUAUAAAAAUGAAAUAAAGCAAUACUAAGCAUA